AUGGCUGAUGAGAUGGAGAGGGUCCGCGACCUCCCUGGUGAUGACGACGACGACAUGGGCGACGAAGAGGUAGAAGAGCUCUUCGGCCAUGGAGCUGUACCUGGUGGAGCUGGCGUAGAGGACCCCAUCAACCUUGAUGGUGACGAAGGUGGAGGACCCCAUUAA